CGGGAUCCUAAUCUGUUCUGCAGCUUGGCUGGCUGCAGGAGCGGCUUGUGAGGCUUACUUUGCGCACCGGUCUCUCUCUGGAUCUUUUUUUCUGAUAUUUUGGGCAUUGUUUUUGCGUUGAGGGAAUGCCAAUUAAGGUACAGAAUGUGGCCUUGUGUAGGAAUGUGUGACAGAGGUAUUUGUUCCUGUAAUUCAAGCCUUAUCUAAAGCAGGAGGAAAGCUUGAAAACAAGCCACCAAAUUUUCUGUCAAGGAUAACAAGCAGUUCUCAGUUUCUACCAGUGUUUGGGGUAAAAGAAUUCAAAGAGCCAAUAAGCACCUGACAAUACAGGCAGCAAAGGAUUAUGCCCAUAUAGCCAACAGCGAUACCAGGAUAUAACUGCAACAGUGCGUCCCCGGUCUCCCUCUCUCUGUAAGGAUGGAUGACCCGUACCAAAACAACGUGUACCAGCAAGGCACUGACAUAGCUGGAGACAACACCUACUCCACCUUCGGGGAAGGAGGACAGGACAGUUACGGCUACCAGACAGACUACCCCCCCCAGGAAGAGGACGCGGCCAGCGAUGCCACCGAAGGCCAUGACGAGGAAGACCAAAUGUACGAGGGGGAGUACCAGGGCAUCCCCCACCCUGACGAGAUCAAGGCCGCCAGGAGGGCGGCGCAGGCUGCAGCCAGGGAAAAGGCCCGGGCCGCCGCCACCGGCGUCCGGGAGGACGAGGAGCUGGCCGACCAGUACGAGGGCAUCAUGGAGGACUGUGGCCACGGCCGCUUCCAGUGGACCCUGUUCGCGGUGAUCGGGCUGGCGCUCAUGGCUGACGGCGUGGAGUGCUACGUGGUGGGAUUCGUGCUGCCCAGCGCCGAGAAGGACAUGUGCUUUUCCAAUGCGAAAAAAGGCAUGCUGGGUUUGAUAGUGUACGUCGGAAUGAUGGUGGGGGCAUUUGUGUGGGGCGGUCUGGCAGACAAGAUUGGACGUCGGCAGUGUCUGGUCACUGCACUGGGCAUCCACUGUGUCUUUGCCUUCCUCUCCUCCUUCGCUCAGGGCUAUGGCUUCUUCCUCUUCUUCAGACUCUGUUCUGGCUUUGGCAUUGGAGGCUCUGUUCCCAUCGUCUACACCUACUAUGCGGAGUUCCUCACCAUGGACAAGAGGGGCGAGCACCUGAGCUGGCUGUGCAUGUUCUGGAUGAUGGGAGGACUUUAUGCUUCAUUCACUGCCUGGGGCAUCAUCCCACACUAUGGCUGGGGCUUCAGUAUGGGCAGCGAGUUCCAGUUCCACAGUUGGCGAGUGUUUGUGCUGGUCUGUGCUCUGCCAGCCAUUGGAUCCCUAGUGGGCCUGAUGUUCAUGCCCGAGAGUCCUCGCUUCCUCUUGGAGAAUGCAAAACAUGAUGAAGCCUGGAUGAUUCUGAAGCAGGUGCAUGACACUAACUGGAGGGCAAAGGGAGAGCCAGAGAGAGUAUUCACAGUCUCCCAAAUAAAAACACCAAAGCAGGAGGAUGAGUUCAUUGAGAUUCAAAGCUCCACAGGAACUGCUUUUCAGCGGUGGAUGGUCAGGACAAUGACUUUGGUCAAGCAGGUGAUGCAGAAUGUAAUGUCCCUGGCCUCGCCUGACCUGCGUCUCACCGGUCUAUUUAUGGCCAUCAUAUGGUUUACAAUGGCCUUCAGUUACUACGGACUUUCAGUGUGGUUCCCCGACAUGAUAAAAUACCUGCAGUAUGAAGAGUACGAGUCAAAGGUGAAACUCUUCCACAGAGAGAAGGUGGAGAACUUCCACUUUAACUUCUCUUUGGAGAACCAGGUCCACAAGGAGGGGGAGUACAUCAAUGACAAGUUCAUCAACAUAGAGAUUAAAUCUGUCAAGUUUGAGGAUUCACUAUUUGAAAAUUGUUACUUUGAGGACAUCAGCUCGACUCAGACUUUCUUUGAGAACUGCACUAUCAAAAACACUGUCUUCUACAACACAGACUUGUGGGAGGAGAAGUUCAUUGACUGUAUACUGGACAAUGCCACAUUCCUGCAUUCCAAGAAGGGCUGUCACCUAAACUUUCAAGAGGAAAAUGAUAUCCUGAUAUACCUAGUCAGUUUCCUGGGGAGUCUGGCUGUGUUGCCAGGUAACAUCAUAUCAGCCCUUUUCAUGGACAAAAUUGGAAGGAUACAUAUAAUUGGUGGCUCCAUGCUCAUCUCUGCUGGCUGUACGUUCUUCCUGUUCCUGAGUUUCAGUCAGGCCGCUAUCAUCGCUUGGCAGUGCCUCUUCUGUGGCACCAGUGUGGCAGCCUGGAAUGGCAUUGAAGUUAUCACAGUGGAACUGUACCCAACUUCUAAAAGAGCCACGGCGUUCGGGGUCCUGAAUGGCCUGUGCAAGCUGGCUGCCAUCUUGAGCAGCUCCAUCUUCUCUGCCUUCGUGGGCAUCACUAAGGUCAUCCCCAUCCUCAUGUCCUUCUCUGCGCUGGUGUGUGGGGGGCUGCUGGCCCUCAAGUUGCCUGAAACACGUGAGAAGCUCCUCCUGUGAAAAGUCAAACACAGGUCAAAGGUCGGGUACCAUACAGGUACUGUUCAGCUGAUUGAGCAAAGUUGGGAGAAAGACAUGCCAGACAUGCUGUUUGCAGACCUCAAGGGGGUGGAUAUUUUCCAUUACCUUGUAGCGUUAUAUUUAGCUAGUGCCCCAUUAUUUUUGGUCAUAUUCAUUAGCCCUCAUGUUAUAUGGUUUUCUUGAAUACUUUACUAAAGUCCACCUUACACACCUCCCCCCACUCCCUUUUUCUGUGAUCAUUGAUCUUCACAAUGAUUAUGUUGUCAAAUGAAAGAAUGUGAGCGACAGAGAAUGAAGAGAAACAUUUCCACAUGCAGGUGCAUCAUCAAGAAAAAACCUAAAAUUAUGGCUUUUACUUUGAAAUAGAGAUAUGGGGAGUCAUCUUUUUAAUGAGCAUCUAUGCAUUAGAUGCAUGUAGUCUUACCUACUGUUGUCUACCGUCCACCCAGAAUUGGAGGCAAUUAUCACUGCUGGUUUGCAGGAGUUUUUUCACGGUGCCAUUUCAUGGUCUGUUCAAAGACUAGCAUUUUGGUGCAAGCAGAUAUUUUUCCUUACUCAUCCACCAUUUAUUUCUGUCAAAUUCAACAUAAAGGAUAUGCCCUUGUCUUUUGGAAAGUCUUUUGAAUAGUGUUUCAUAUGUUUCCCUGUCUUUUAAAUAUCAUAUUUAGUUUAAAGAAAGGUGGAACAGCGUGGGUAUUGGGCCCCACUGCACUUGAGUGUUUCCUUAGAAUGGGAAAAGAAUGGAUUCCCUUUUAGUUAAUACAUAUAUAAAUAAUAGAGACAUUAUUUUCUUUACAUAUGGAAAAGUGGCUGUGGGUUGACUGGGGGAUCAGUGCUUUUUGACAUUGUCUGUGAUAGUUAAUGGGAAGAAGCAAAUGAAGAUGUCCAUACAUCUUUAUUACAGUUAAGCUGGUCAAGUACAUAAAAACACCUUUAUCUGCUUAACCUGUUUCCAACUUUUGCUGAAAUCUUUUGCAACUGUGUACACUGGAUGGCUUCAUCUGUAGGGCCCCAGUGAAAGCUGAUUCUCUUCCACAUUCUUUCCACAGAAUAUUGUAGCAUUUUUAAAUAGUUAUACCUUGUUAAACUCUCCUGUACCAUUUGAUUUAGUGUGUUCAUGUUUUAUGUUGUUUUUCUAACCUUGACACAGCAAUGUGAAGGUUUAUUUUUCUUUUUCUUUGUAAUUUAUUUCAGUAAUUAUGUGUCACAGCAUACAUACAAUAACCAAAAAUCUAAACAUCAACAUCAAAACAUAAGGAUUAUAUUUUUGAAAUUUUCACUAUAUUCAUUGCAUUGAAAAUGUAAUGUAGCAUCAUAAAAUGUACUUUAAAAAGCUGCUGACUGAGAUGCAUGUGUGUUGUUUCCAAACAUUGUUUGUGUCCUUUUAAAUGUUUGUAAUGAAAUUAACAAAAAAAGGUACUAUGAAUGGUGAUUACUGUAUGUCUCGCUAUUUAAAAAAAACACAUUGAAAAUGACUUGCAGCCUCUGGCAACAUAAAUGUACAAUGAUUUGAGCAAAGGAUGCAUUCAUAAGCUGCUUCUGAUGAGUGUGUCACUGGACAGAGUCUUGAAGAUCCAUUCAUUUUCAAAAGAAAAAAGUUCCAUUUGACUGUAACUGCUAUUAUACAAAUUAUUCCUAUCACAGAAACUGUUAAAGAUGUCAAGAUUGUGAUCAUGUAAUGUUGCUUCAUAUUUGAAUAUUAUUCAUGAAUGUUCAGUGUUACAGUUCAUUAAAGGACAGCGAAUACAGUAUUAUUGAAACUAAGAUAUUUAAAUCCAAAGUUUUACUGGAGAAAAAUGUCUUCUUUUUUUUCUUUAGCAGAAGUAUAGCUUUUAUAGAGGUAUCCCUAUAAUAUUGAAUUCUUAUUGUUGUUUCACAACCCCACAAAACAAUUCAAAUAUUUAUAUCAUAUGAUCACCAAGGACAGCAGUUUCUCCCUGAAUGCAUGCAUUCAGUAUGUAGUAUGUUGUGAAUCAAGCCACAGAAUGUUGGCCUUAACUGACUGCAAUGGUCCAGACCAGCAGCGUGUAUGCAGACCAUAUGAAAAUCACUGGAGCUUUCCUGGGCAUCUGUUUGAAUUGUACUAUAAUAGUAAAUGCAGGUUUUAAAUGUAUUUUAAGUUAGUUUAUUAGUGGUUCAUUUAUGGUGUUAAAUUAUGGCCAUAAAAUUGUAUUGUUUUUAUAUUUCAUUUAAAAAAAGACUCACGGAAACUGAUACAGCUUCUGACAAUCUUUCAUUUUCUUUGUUUUCUGGUUUUGUUGUGUGAUGGUAAAAUAAAAUUCUAUCAAUAUA